CCGCUCGCGCUCCCGGGGGGCCGCGGUCCCCGAGGCGGGCGGGAGCGCCGGGCCGCGCGGGGUCGCGCCGCUGCCUCCGCGGUUGGACCUCGGAAGCCGCCCUGCCCGCGGCGCGUUCGCGGAGAAGCAGGGCCUCGGGGCGCGGAGGAGGGGCCGGCCGGCUGCGCCCCGGGCCUCCCCCCGCGGCUCCCUCGGGCGGGCGGCGAAGUGAGUUCAGUGUUUCUGUGUUCAGGUGUGAAGAGGAGAUGACACUGCAGUGGGUGGCAGUUGCAGCCUUUCUUUAUGCCGAAAUAGGGCUGAUGUUACUCUUCUGCCUGCCCUUCGUGCCCCCUCAGAGAUGGCAGAAGAUUUUUUCAUUUAAUGUCUGGGGUAAAAUUGCAACUUUCUGGAACAAGGCUUUCCUUACUAUUAUAGUCCUAUUGAUUGUUCUAUUUCUAGAUGCUGUGAGAGAAGUAAGGAAAUACUCCUCUGUACCUGCCCUUGAAAAAGGCUUAACCAGCAAACCUGGUGCCUAUGAACAUGCACAGAUGAAACUUUUUAGGUCUCAAAGAAACCUUUACAUUUCUGGAUUUUCAUUAUUUUUUUGGCUUGUGUUGAGACGUCUGAUUACCCUCAUUACUCAGCUGAGUAUAGAACUGUCAAACAAAGCCAUACUUAAAACUCAAGCAGAAAAUACUAAUGAGGCUGCCAAAAAAUUCAUGGAAGAGAAUGAGAGACUAAAACAGCUCUUGAAAAAGUCUGUCAAUAAAGAGGAAUACAUUUUGGAAGCAGAAAAUAAAAAGCUAACAGAAGACCAGGAAAAACUGAAAGCUGAAUUAAAGAAGACUUCAGAAGCCCUUUCUAAGGCACAGAAUGAUGUGAUGACAAUGAAAAUACAAUCAGAGAGACUUUCAAAAGAAUAUGAUCGACUUCUGAAAGAACACUCAGAACUUCAGAAUCGUUUGGGGAAAGACAGUAAGAAAGGCCUGUGAACUUUGAAAGAAGAUGGUAAUACACCAUGUGAAGAUGACAGACUUGUUAUCAUGUCAGCAUGUAGAACAAUAUAAGAUUCAGUCCAGUAAAAGCUACUGUUUAUGACCAGCCAAUAAUUUUUUUAAUGCCACAUAUAGGCUGUUACCCUAGCGGCGUUGUCACAAUAUUUGAUGAUAUUUCAGAUAUAUUGUCAAGUCUGUAUUCCAGCUCUUCUGUAAAAUAUAAGCUUGUUAAGCGCCUUCUUAACAGUAAGAGGAAGAUAUUAAGUAAGUAAAGUAAAAAGUAAGAUAUUAAGAGGAACACUGGUAGACAGUGACUGCUUACCAAUAAAAGGAAAAAUUUAUAGCCAGUUGACUUCCAAAAUUAGAUUUUUAAGUUGAUGAAAUCAUUAAUAGCCUUAAAAGCUGUGAUAUGUUUUCGGUCAUAAUAAUCUGUUUAAUCAGAUGACAGUAAUGCUGAUGUAUUUGAAAACAAUAUUCAGUGUCAGCAGAUUUGUCCAUAGAUUAAAUAAGGACAGAUGACCAGAAGUAGUCAUUAUAUAUAUGGGGAAGAGUCAUGAAGAGCAGAAAUAUAAAAACAUGACCUUAGUUGUUCUUUUUUAUAAGCCUGAGGGUACUGUAGUUUACUCUUGUAAGACAGCUACGCUGAUAAUUAUAUUUUUGUUACUGUGCUUCUAUAUCUGUUGGACUGUUUCUGUUGACAUUUGUGUUAACACCACAUAAUAAGUAGGCAUUAUACCUUUUUAAAAUUCAUCUGGUAAUGAAGUUUACAUCUAUUUGCAUAACUGCCAUACACUGAACUUAAAAUUAUUUUACAACCAUGUGGAAUUCUUGACUUAGAAAGCUAACGUAGAGCACAUCCAAAGAGCAGUGUUUCCUGUCGCCGUGAGAGUUACUAAGCCUACAGAUGUUACCUCCAACAUACGUACCCUGGGGUCACAGUUUCUCUGCGUUGUGUCUGUAUUCUGAAAGCUAAAUAUUAAGUACUAUUUUUCCAUUCAUACUCCUUUAGAAUUUCCUUUAGAACAUGACAGUGAUCAUAAUUAUAUUAAUAUGAUUCAGUCGUUCCAAUGUUUAGACAUGAAAAUCAUCUUCCUUGUCUCAUAAAGACCUAAGUAUAAAAAGAAAUGGAAAAUAA